AUGGCAUGGUACUCCCUUCUCCCGCCGCAGCUCACCCUGUUCGAGACCUGGGCAGUUCGGAUUUUUAUCUUCCUAGGCCUUAUCACCAUUGUCCCCUGGGCCGUCCUCAUCGUCUUCGACGCCGGAUUCUACCUCUAUCGAAUGGUCCUCUGGGAGUUCCCGUGGAUCGGAGGGCGCGCACGUGGUCAGCAGCGCCCUCGCGCACCAAGCUUGCAGGAACGGCCGGACGGACAACGGCGGGCAUUCGGGUUGCGCGGUGUGGAGACAGAUGCUGGCGAUAGCGAUCAAGGCAAGAAAAGCGACAUGUCAGAACACCAGGCUGCAGAGAGGGGUAGGGAUGCCGAGAAGGAGAAUAUAGCUCCUGCUGUGGAUGGGCGGGCUCAUGCCGACACAGAUGGAGAUGUGAAGCGCCGGAGACUCGGACGGGCUUGA